AUGUACUAUCAAUCACAAAUAUAGUGUUCUGAGUAUAUAGACAUUAUAAAGUGGGAUGAAGAAGGAAUUAAAAUUAAAAUCAUUGAUAAAUCAUUAUUAUAAGAGAAUGUCUUGCCUCGAUUUUUCAAGCAUGGCAAUUAUUCAAGUUUUUUAAGACAAUUGAAUAUGUAUGGCUUUACAAGUUGUAAGGAUUAAGAUGGGAUCUUGACUUACGAGCACCCGUACUUCACAUAAAACAAAGUUAUCCAGAAGUUCAUUUAGAAGAAAAAAUAAAUUCACGUAGAGAAACAAUAGAUAGGGACAUUUCUUAUAGAAUAAGAGGAAUUAAAAAAUACAAUGACGUCUUUGAAAUAAGAAUAAGUAAUCAUCUAGAAAUAAUUGGUUGAUUUCAUUCAGCAAUAGUUGAGGUUUCAGCGUCAUUUCAAACUCAUAAUUGAAAAACUAUUGGAAAUAAAGGCUAUUUAGGAGAGGAGAGGAGUAUUUUUCAUUGAGAGUAUUCGGAUGAUCGUCAGAGCAAUGAAACCAGAAGCUUGUAAAAACAUUCAUUAUGAUUGA